GUCACACGUAAAGCGAACGGCUAAAAGUCGAUUGAGACCAGUUGUAGCAAGCAGUAGUUAUAGAUUCAUCAUGCGUUCAGUACUUUACAGGCUCAUAAUGUCACUCUCCUGUUGGAUGUGUCGGCAACACUGGCAAGCAUGACAUACACUUUGAGUUGAGAAAUGGGAUGUACGAUGCUUUGCCAAUAUUCCCAAGCGCACCUGAAGGCACCACACUUGUUGAAGCACUGUAGUGGGUUGCAUCAUGGAUGGAUGGAUGGAUGAGUUGCAUUAUCGGAGUUUUAAAGUUUUUUUACACACUUCACCAGCAGAUGGUGCACUUCACGCUUGCAAGCAAAGGAUAUAGCCAGGGAUGAAUUAUAGUCCUAGAUUCGUAUAAUGGCAAACUCAAAUUGAAACAAACGAGAAUCUCUGUGACUUGGACGGGGGGGAAUAUCAGCACUUAAAUCGCGAACGACUGCACGAAGCUGUUGUAGAUGGUGAGAUCUCCGGCCCCGCAGUGGGUAAACAGGUCCGUACAGCGGCUUGACUGUCAGCACGCAGGGCUGCACGCCACAUCAGUCUGAGCCCCGAGGAGGAGCGCAGAAGCAGAGCGGCAGGUCUCCGACAUGGCUAAAGAGGGAGCAGAUAUGACGGAGGAAACCGAGUUCAUGAUAGACAAGAACGUGGGCAAAGAACCGGACAACGUGGAAUCGUCCGGCGGCGAUGCCAAAGAGAUGCGAGCGGUGAUACUGGCAGGCUUCGGGGGUCUCAACAAACUCAGGGUGAGCAAGAAGGCGAUGCCCGAGCUCCAGGGUGGCGAAGUGAAGAUCCGCGUCAAAGCAUGUGGCUUGAAUUUUUUGGACCUGAUGGUACGCCAGGGGAAUAUUGAUAAUCCGCCAAAACCUCCUCUCGUCCCUGGCUUUGAGUGCUCUGGAAUAAUAGAGUCAGUGGCUGAAAACACAACAGGAUUCGAGAUAGGAGACAGAGUCAUGGCUUUUGUGAAUUACAAUGCCUGGGCCGAAGUUGUUUGCACACCGGUGGAUUUUGUCUACAAGAUGCCGGACGAGAUGACGUUUGCCGAGGCCGCAGCAUUCUCCCUGAACUUUGUGGCUGCCUAUAUGAUGCUGUUUGAGGUCGCCAAUCUGCGAGAGGGGAUGUCAGUGUUGGUUCACUCUGCUGGAGGUGGUGUAGGUCAAGCUGUGGCUCAACUGUGCUCCACUGUUCCUAAUGUCACAGUGUUUGGGAUCGCCUCAUGUUUCAAACACGCAGCCAUCAGAGACUCGGUGACUCACCUCUUUGACCGAAAUGCUGAUUAUAUGCAAGAAAUCAAAAAGAUUUCUCCAGAUGGAGUGGACAUCGUGUUAGACUGUCUGUGUGGAGAGAACACAGGGAAAGGCCUGACUCUGCUGAAGCCUUUAGGAACUUACAUCCUCUACGGCGCGUCAAACAUGGUAACUGGGGAAACAAAGAGUUUCUUCAGCUUUGCAAAAUCCUGGUGGCAGGUGGAGAAGGUGAAUCCUAUUAAACUCUAUGAGGAGAACAAAGUUAUAGCUGGAUUCUCUCUCCUCAACCUCCUCUUCAAGCACGGCAAAUGUAGUCUCGUGAAAACAGUGAUGGACAAACUCUUAUGUCUCUACAACCAAAAGAAAAUCAAGCCGGUUGUAGACUCCCUGUGGGCGCUGGAGGAGGUAAAAGAGGCCAUGCAGAGAAUUCAUGACAGAGGCAACAUAGGAAAACUCAUUCUGGAUGUUGAGAAGACUCCCACUCCUCUGAUGGCCAGCGACAGCACAGAAACCAGUGAAGCAGGAGAGGAGGAAGAGGAGCCAGAGGGAGACAACGACAGCAAGGAGCGAAUGCCUUUCAUCCAUUAAGCCCAGCGCACCCCAACCCACCUAGAGACUGGAGAGGCUGCACACACCCCACCCCCCACAGAGGAAUACUACCACACACACAUAGUGUCGUGCAGUAUGUGCCUGUGUGUGUAUGCAUGUGCCGUGUGCAUGAAUGCAUGAAUGUAUGUUUGUACAGAAUAUGUUUGUGCCUCUUGUACCCUGUUGUUUGUCAGUUGAUCGGUCAAGCUGAUUUUUUGGGGUAAUGACAUUCUUCUCACCGAGGGCAACAAGUGGAAUUCUCGAAGUAGUAUUAAUAUGAUAUGGACAUUAUGCUAGCUGAUGAUGUGAAUAGGUUUGUGUCAAAUUUACAGAUGAUUGCAUCUGCCAACAGUUUAUUGACUUAGUAACAGACAGAACAAGCAUUUUAGCAUGCUGGCUCACCGUCAUCACUUCAAGAUUAGCAUCCUUCAGAAACAGAUUCAGCUCAUAGGUGCCACAUCAUGUCUGUCCUCAGUGAUGACCGUUGUAAUAUGAGAGCAAUGGAAAAGUAGAGCAGUAGAUCAAAGGUUUUGUGUGUAGAUAGAUGCAUGAUAUUUUAUUCUGUUUGCCAACUGUGUAAUAUUAUGGGAUCACCAGUGCCUUUGAGCUACAAACAAGUGUUUGAGGCUUGAACUGCCUUCCUCGAGUGAAGUUUGCAUUGACACGACCCACAGAAACGCUUCAUAUUUUUAACUGGAAUACAAAAAUGGAUGCCUAAACUUUUGCAGAUUCUUCCUUGCCUGAUCAUGUAAUCUGUAGGAAGGUAAAUCUGACACAUUUACCCACUAAACUGUGUAUUUAUAACUUUUAAUAAAGCACAGUACAUAAUGUGCUGCACUAGACUGCGUCACAUUUAUUUGGCGCGUCGUUUUUGGCAUAGAACAGAACACAUUCCAAGUUUCGAGUUCAUAUCUGUAUCAGAAUCUUUCAGAAAAAUAUGUAAAUACAAAAUUCUGGAUUUUCUCAGUGAAGGAUCGUGAAGUCAUCAGACAGACUGCAGUUCGAGGGUUGCGAAGUCUCUGCUUUGCCUGUCUGACCAAAGUUGUUUAAUUGCUGGUGCCUCACAACAAAAGUGCCAUAAGAACACGAAGAACAUAAAUUAUUUUUGCAGUGAGCUGGUGUACAAAGGCAGGGUGGUGUGUGUUAUUUUGUUUUCAAGUAUGAUGCCCUCUGCUUUACUCCACAUCUGCAAGUUGUUAGUGAAGCGCGAGAGGAGAACAGCUGGCCGGGAGCAAAUAGCUACAGCUGGCUGAUCUGUAAUUAUUUGUGAAGGUAACAACGUUUAACCAUUUCUCCUGCUGUGCUUAUUCGGUGUUCUUUAUAUCAGCUAGUCAUUUGAAUUAUUUAUUACUUUGGAUUAUCAAAGUGAAGGCCAGAGUAUCGUCAAAAAAAAUAUUUUCUCAACUCUAAUAAAAGCCAGUAUUUAAUUAAAAAAUGCCAUGAUAGGACAGAAUGAAUGGAACAGCAUAGUAAGAGACAAACUAACAGGAGUGAACAUUUAUCAGGGGUACUGAAGUGCUUUAGAAAUUGAUUUGUCUGUUUGGAAAAAAGGAUGGUGACGUGUAGACACUUUAGAAAUACAUCUCAAUUUUGAUGCCUUCAGUGUCGGGUCAGAUUAUGUGUUUGAAUGUGUGUGUGAGAGAGAGAGGAUGUUUUUGAGUGUGCAUUCACAUUGUCUUGUGAAAAAAAAAAGUGUCUAAAGAAGUGUUUGGCACAUGAUUUAGCAUUGUAGUGUGCUUACAAGAAUCCUUAUAAACUAUGGUUUACCUGUGGUUGCAUAUUCACAUUUUCUUCCUUGUUAUGUACUUUCUUUGAGUACAACUCUGUUUACUUGAAUACAUUUAUCUGCAAAGUA